CAGUGAAAAAAAGUGUUUUUCGUAUUUAACUAUUUUUAAUGACAUUGCAGAAAACGCUAAUAUUCUGAAUUCCAUAUUAGUUAUAAAACUUUAAUCAGUUUAGUGCAUUUCGGGGCGUACACUUGUGCGUUCUCUCCAAGAUUUCUUGGUGUAAUAUGGGUUGUAGUACAAUCGCCAUGCCUUUGUUAAGCACUUUGGCUGCUUUGGUGAUCAUCGUGCAUUCUGCUGAAGAGAACUAUGAGCGGCAACUCCAUAUGAUGAGGCCUCGGGCUUUGGAAGCAGAAACAAACUAUGAACAGCCAUGGAGGAUGCUAGAAAUGGGGCCUAUAAUGACGGAAUCUUCGCAUGUCACCCCGAGCGAGACAUGGGAUGAAGAAGACCCUGAACCAUCAAUGCGACGUAGAAGAGUACGCAAGCGAAAGCGACGACCACAGCUAAUCGAAGAAGACGACCUAAUACAUCAAGAGAGUGUAUAUACGUACGGUGAAGAACCUCAGCUUCAAGAGAAUAUAGAAAGACCAAGGAGACGACGAAAGAAAAUGGAUUUUCAGAACAACGACAAAGAAAGGCAAAGUAGUUGGAAUGAAGAAGCAAACAGACCAAAAAAAAGAAGAGGCCAGAAACGAAAAAGGCCUUUAGGAGAUUCUUGGCCGGAACUAAGCGAAUUCGGUGGAUACCGAGAACAAAUAGACAGUAGUGAAGAAACAGUCAAUAAAGAAAUACGAAACGAUAAUGUCCAUUACGACGAAAAUGAUUAUCAAAAGAACAUAAACGAAAAAUCUAAUAUGAAAGUACAAAUAUAUAAUUUUACAGAAAUCGAAGGCACAACACAAGCAAUAUCAAAUUACGGCAAUCAGCCCCAGGUGGUUGCAACGGAUGAGGAUACAUCUUUGUCUGAAUUUUCAAUAGAGUCAGUUAUGGAAAAAGAAAAUCUAAAUAAGACUAUAAUUGAUACACAGGAAAAAAUAAAAGACAAAGGAAUACUAUCACCUAAUAAUAACAAACCGGCUAAGGAUAAGGAGCCGAUAGAUCCAGUUGCGCUAAAAGCAUUAUUAAAAAAAUCUAAUGGAAAAAGUUUAAGUGAAAUACUUCAACAAAAUAACUUAUCCUUAGCUGACCUACUUCACGGUAGGCAGAAAGCUAUAUCCAUAUUAAAUAAAGAAAGUUUAUUUACAACACCAAAUGUAGGACAAUUUAGACACUCUAAAAAUAAUUAUUACAGUCCCAUUAGUUCUAAAGAAAAUACUGAACUAUUAAAUAAAUCAGAAAAGGAAGAAAAUGAGCAUUUAGAAAUUGAGACAACCACAUUGGCUACCACAACAGAUCGUAUGAUUGACAGAACUGAUUCUACAGAAACUAAUUACAAAAAUGAACAGGAGGAUUUAUUUAAAAUGAAUCCACAUGAAAAUGAAACGGUUGAAAACCCUAGAAGAGGUUAUUUGCGACGGCGAUUUCCUGGCGGCAUUCGUAGAAAGCUGCGUACAAGGCCGAGUGAAAACAAUACCUAUAAAGGUCAACUAAGCAGGGAUUUAAUAGCUUUGACUUCGAUGAAAUACAAAAAUAAUAGGAAUAUAUCCAAAUCUCGUGAAUGGAAGGGAAUCAUACCUUCAAUGAUGAAAGCAGAACCUACCAAACCAAAUACCAUACAAAUAGAGACUGAAACUGAAAUGAUACCUACAACUCCAUGCCCAUUUACCGAAACGACUACUGAAGUAAUAUAUGAAACUACAACUGACCUUUCUUAUUCAUCUAUGAACACAGAGCCAAUUGCUGAGGCAAGGGGUCGACUGGAAAAUACAGCUGAGUCUAAGAACACUUAUUUGGAGAUAGAAGGUAUUGAUGUAGCUCAAUUUACAUCUUCACCAUUAGAGUUCAAUACUGAGCAAGAAAAAGAGAUCAUAACAUAUAAACCAAGACCUUUGUCAAGUGUAAAACCUUCAAUGAAUGCAUCUGAUUUGAGACGACAAGCUUUAAACAACAGAUUAAAAAGAAAACGAGUGAAACAUAGGACUACAACUACUGAAAUACCUGAAGAACUUGAAAUAAAAGAUACAUUUGGUAAUGGCAAAUUCGUAUCCGCGUCCGAGUUUAUUACCAAAACACAAACAAGAACGACUAAUUCUGCAAAUGAGGAUGAUUUUAUGACUUUAGAAGAUUACUUGACUACCGAAGCUACACAACAUGUUGCAAUCCGUUAUCGAACUAAGAAGCCAAUGAAAACUAAAAAUAUUACACAUACCAUACAGAAGGCUUUAGUAACUGAAGAUAAUGCAAAAUUUGAAAUAGACGAAAUUCUUAACGACAAUCACACGAGUGCAAAGCUUUCAAAAAUACUUAAAGAAAGGAAUAUGACAUUGAAAGAAUUAGUAGAACACAGAGAGCGGGGAUCAAGUCAUGUUCAUUUAGCAGAUAUAUUUCACAAUGCUUCAAGAGAACCAAAUCCACCGGAACCUUUUCUAUCUAAGUCGCUAAUAGAACCAAUUUCUAGGGAGACGUAUCCCCUUAGAGCUUUACUAGAAGCAAAUAUAUAUGACCCAAGAACUACGACGAUCGAUCCAAGUGUACUCCAAAUAAAUAAUGCAAAUAUACCAGUAGUGAUGGAUUUUGGCAACAAUGUUAACGAAAACGGUGAAAAUAAGGGUAUACUGUCACUGUUUGAUAAUUAUAGUAAAAUAGAUACAGCUGAUUCAAAUUCUAGCAAAGACAGCGCAAAAAUAGGUAAAAUAAAGAAUGUUAGGACUAUUUAUGGUACUCAAGAAGUUGAAACUACAAGGGAAGCCCGUAUGCUGAACUCCGAAAAAGAUUCUGUUUCAUGGAAUGAUUUAAUAAAUUUAAUGCAAAAAAAGCAUCAAAAAGAAAAUAAAGAAAACGACAACUCCUUGGCAAGUGAUAUACCAAUCUCAGAGACACAACAGAAAAUAGAUCUAGAGGAAGAUGUGGAUGGUGAUGGUGUAAUAGUAUUGGAUGAUCUACAGCGGAUAAGAAAUAUAGAAAGAAAAACAUCUUCAGAUAAAUUGUUGGAGUUGAAGUUAUUUGAGAGAAAACACCCUCCAGAAUUAUCAAAUGAAUCAACUGUUAUGUUAAGUGAUACGAAAUCAGUAACAGUGGCUACUGCAAGCAUUAUCGGUCUAGCUCUCAUACUUUUUCUGUUAACGUAUGCUGUAUUGAAAUGGAAACAACAAAAUAAAAUAUUCCACACUAAACGCGCAAAAGAGGACGAAUUUGUACCGUCUCCUGUAUUCGAAAGUAGAAAAGGGCAUAAAAUUAACAGCAGCACUCGUAGUAAGAGCCCAAUGCUUGCAACAUCACAUAUUUAUUCAAUUGAUACUCUGGAUACCCAUGCAGGCUCUGAAUCACCCGAAUAUAUGUGGGAGACAUUAAGGAAACCCUUUCAGUAGAUAUCACAGACAUUUUACAUUAUUAUAAAACUGGACUGAACUUCACUGUCGAUUUAUUUAUUAUUUAUUUCUUGAUAAAUAGCGAAUAGUUUAACAUACUGAUAUGCUUUUAUAACUAGUUACCUGAUAUUACAAUAAGCUGUUUUCUAAUCUCUAUUUUGUUUUAA